CAUCAAUACAUCAAAAUCAAAGAAGAAUAAAUGGAGCACAAUAAAUAAAAAAUAAAAAUAUUAUAAUAAUUGAAAAAAUUAGAACGAAAAAGAGAUGGAAACCAAAUAAUAAAUAAAAUAUAAAAGCUACUACAUUCGGUAAAAAAUAUAGAAAAGAAAAUAUGACUAUAAAAGCUACAACAUUGUUAUGUUACAACAUUCAUGGAAUAAUUCAAUUAUUAGAACACAUAAUGAUAAUUGAAAAUAAGUAUAAUGAUAAUUGAUUUACUUUUUUAUUCAAAAAUUGAUUUGGUAUCAAGUAUUUAAAAGAGGAUUCUAACUAAACAAUAAAAAAUGAUGUUUUUCAUAAGUCCAAAUGAUUUUCUUAUAAUAGAAAAGUAGAAGGACCAAUUAUAAAAUUAAGAAAACGGAAUAUUCCAAGAAUAUUCUGUCAACUUUAACGGAAUGCACUUAACAGUAAACUUAGGUGGUACCGGGUGCACAUAUAAUAGAGUUUAGUGGUAUCUGGCGCCCUAUUCAAAUUUAAGUUGUAUGUCUACCCCAAUUCUCAAACUUAAGUGGCACUCGAGGUAUUUUACCCAUGGAUUGUGCAUAAUUUCUUAGUCAUACUAGUGUGUUUAGGAUGAUUUCUCAACAAAUGUCUUGUUUUACUAACGUCGUGGAUCAAUACCUAGCAAGGACUCUAUCUAUUUUAUUUAGUUAUUCAGUUAAACCAAUGCCAAUGAUUCGUUAUUGGAGCAAAUAGCAACAACCACCAUUUCAUCCGAUAUACGUCUUUUUAUUUUCCAAUGGAUUUCCAGCUUUCAUUAAUGGAAAUUUUUUGAUGUAGUGGGUAAUAGCUCUGGUUGCUCGCUGUUCAAGAAUUAUUGUUUGUUUCUCUUUGUCUAUGUAGAAUUUCUUCACGAUGUAGAUAUAUCAGGUCGAUUUUUUUUAUAUAUGUUUGCUUGAUUAAACGAGCUAAGUUGGUAGAAAAAUCAGAAUACAUGUUUCCGAUUGGUUGUUAGAAUUCGUGGAUUCUUAUCCAUUCUAUAUGAUAAUUUGGUCAUCUGACCAAAUCAACUAUUCCUAACAAAAUUUUGGCCAAGAAGGAUUGCAUUAGAUGAAUGAGUUUCUACUUUCUAGUUUCUACUUUCUAGGGUGCUAUUUGAAACAAAAAGACAAAUUUUAGGACGCACAAAUUUAAUGACCAAAUUGUAAUUUAUCUAUCUUCAUCCUCCGCAGUCGUAGUGGUGGCUGGUCAGUGGUCACUUAUAACGAUGACGGUGACGUUAUCUCCUGACUCCUGAGAAGUGAGAACAACAUUUACUCUCUCCCCGCCCACUGCUCCGGCGAGACAGGUAGCUGCUAACCCAACUCGAGAGUUUUCAGGUUCCCUUUCGCGGUUUCCAGUUUGAUACUUUCUUCACCCCCCCAUACCUAAAUUCUCACUCGGUCGGCCAUUGCGAUCUUCAAUUGCUUCCCCGGCCUCUAACAAUUCCGCCCAUUCGUUUCGCCCUUCAGAACCCACAAUCGCACACAGAGCUCACUCGCAUCAAUCUGCUCUGGCGGAACGGCAGCUGCUAGGUACAGCCCAUUCGAAUCUUUGCUUACUUAUCCAUAAAAGUUUGAAUCUUUGCUCUUGGUUUUCUGCUCCUUUCUCAUGCUGCUGUCUCUUUUUCUGUUUAAUUGUUGGGAGAUUUGCUGAUGGAUAUUAGAAAUAAUUGGUGUGGUACUGUCUGCUUUUCUUUGCCCUCGAGGAAGCACUAGUUGAUGCCAGACUAGGCAGUUUGGGGAAUUGAUCGUCUCAUAAGCAACUUGCACUAAUGGUUGUAUUGGGGAAAGCUCAAGAAACCGAGUUUUGAUUAGAUUCCAACUAGGUUCAAUGAUUUGAAAAUGUGAUUGUUCUUCUGUUAUCUUUCCUUCAAUGGAUUAGUUCAAGAAGCGUUUGAUUGCUUCUUAUAGGUUAUCAACACCCAGAAGAGGAAGGAUCUGAUGUCAUGUAGAUGAAAAGGUGGAGUAAGUUGGUUUCAUGAGCAAUCAAUCUGGGGAAUGCUAUCAUUGUGUUCAUCAGACGAUGGAACAGCAGCAUUGCUUUGUGGAUGGGAAGAGUGGAUGAAGAACUAAGGAACAGCAGAGCAGUGGAAACACGAGACAGAGGAAUUUGGAAAUGGGCACAAUGAACAAGCUAAGAUGGGCGAUGGACGGAGGGUUUUGGGACCUGGACAUCUCAACUCCAGUGACCCUAGAAGGAGAGGCCAGGGCAGUACCUGGACAUCCUCUCCCUCUUGGGGUUUCCCGAGGGACGAAGCUGUCCAGGCCUAAGCAGACUGAUUUCUUCCAGCGGUUCAUGUUUGCUCCUUUCCUGCCUUCCUAUUCCUACUCUCCAGCCUCCAGAAGUCACUCAUUUAAUCUCCAACGUUGUCUAGCUAUCCCUUUAUCUCAGGACUGGUUUUCCAUGUUGCAAGGCCAAUUCAAUCUUCACAAGUUUGUGUCCUCCUUUAGAAAGCGCAGAACCUUGCUUCAAUCUUCUGAUUCCCAGUCUUCAUCCCUCAUCCCUGCCAUUUGUGCAUGUCUCCGUGACAAAUCCUUAUACGCACUUGGCAUCUAUUCCGAGCUUUCACUAACCCCUCAAGACACUCUUGUUCUCAGCUCUGAUGCAAAUGGCAAUGAUGAUACGCCACCUCGUCGCAAGGCAGUUCUCCAUCAUGAGUUCCCCGAUCACAAUCUCACUUUGGAGGCAGCUUCCCCUUCCCUCUUCCUGGACAAGUCUGGAAACUAUUGGGAUGUACCUUUGUCCCUUGCCCUUGAUCUUGCAUCCAUUCCUUCCAGCUCGGGUGCCAGUUACCAUUUCUGUAUGCGUCAUAUUGCUGGAUUGCCAAAGCUGUUUGAAGGUGGCGACGAAAACCAUGGAAAGACGAUUCCUGCUACCCUGCUACCUGGGAUUACUCUCAGACAUGCCAUCUCUUUCAAGAAAAAUUUAGAAAUUUGGAGGAGCGAAGCUAAGAAGUUGAAGAUGGUGCAACCAUUUGACAUCUUCCUAUCUACUCCUCAUGUUUCGGCAUCUGGUAUCAUUGGUGCUGUGAUGACGGCCUCUCAUGGAGACAACUCGGUUGCAUCGGAAGUGGAUGAUUCGCAGAGCACUGCAGCAGGAUUCUCCUAUCGAUCUCAUGCCCUUAAAUCAGCAGUUCACGCUGACUUAUUUUCAUCUGUCUCUUUCAUGGCCCAGCAUGGGAGUUUCCAGAAGUGGUUCCUAGAUCUCACACGGUUCCAUGUCCGCCUCAAUUUUCCGUCUGGCCGCACAUUUCUUUCUGGUGCCACUCAAUUAGCACAUGAUUUUGUCAACUCUCAACAACCUACUAAUAAAGCACUCGAAGCCAUUUGCCCAAGUGCAACUGUUUCUCUUCAACAGCAGAUUGUCGGGCCGUUUAGUUUCAGAGUGGACUCUGGGGUUAUUGUCGGGUUGAACAAGCAGACGAAUUGGUAUGCACAUGCACAUGAUCCAGUAUUUGCGAUCGAGUAUGCGCUACAAGUCCUUGGUUCAGCUAAGGCAAUUGCGUGGUAUUCGCCCAAGCACCGAGAGUUCAUGGUGGAGCUUCGGUUUUUUGAGACAUAAAGCAAACCUGCUGCUACAGAGAUUCCAUUUUUGCUUGUGCCAUUAGUUUGGAUUGAAUUGCACAGACAGUUGCAGAGAUAGCAAUUUGCAGGCUGCUCAGGAAGUUAGUAUUCAGUUCAGGCAGCAGAAUGAUUCAUUUGAAUAUUCAUUAUCUUCUUGAUUCCUCACUUUCAACUUUCAACCUACGACGAUAUUAUUCCCACUGGAUUCAUUAUGGUUAUUGGUAGAUAUGUUAAAAUGGAGAUUAACAAAGAUGUGAUGAACACGGAAACGCAUCCCAAGCUACUUCCUCUAUGUUGACAGUUGAUCUGCAGUUCCUGUUCCUCGAGAAUGUGCAGGAUUCCCUCCCCCAAUCAGUCCAGUUUUACCGGAUAAACUCGUCGUCGAGAGGUUGAUUGAUGCGCUGGAUCUAAAGGAUUGAGAUCAUAUUGUAAAAAUCUAAGAAGAAGUUUGAAACUAUACAUAAAAAAUUGAUCUAUUGGGGUUGAAUAUAGAACUUUUAAAAAGUGAAAAAUAUACUAUUUUUCACAUCAAACAUAUCCGCGUACUAUAAAUUUAUCUCCAUUUUGUGGCUUAUCUUCUCCGUCUGCAACUCCCAAUAAUUAAUAGACACAAACUCAUCAUCCAUCUCCGCCGCUUUCUCUUCCUUCUACCCAACAAUAAAUAAACGUAGAAAUUUGUCUGUCACGAAACAACCUUGAAGACCGACUUUUGAAUUUCAACCACUCUCUGAAAGUCGACAAUUAUUAAUCAAUUUGACUCAACCAUAAAAAUUGGAACCUAAUAUUUUUAGAAUAUAUGGAUUUCAAAUUAUCAAAGGUUGUCAACCCGGUUUAGCCCGUUGGUCCGAUUGAUUAAGUGGGUUGAGGGUUAAUGGUCCAAUCGUUUUAGUCCGCUUUUGCCCAGAUAUAUGAAAAAAGUCAUUAUAUUGUUCAUAUAUUUAUAAAUUAUAUAAAAUCUAAUCUACAUAUGGAUAAUAUUCUUCCUCGUACGGACUAUGUACAUUUGUUUCUCUACCUGCUACUUUCCGCUAUCCUCCUUCGAGCUCCUAAAAAUAAUUCCAACAAUAUGUAUUCUUCACGUGAUGAAGGUCACACUCCUAUGGUGGCAGUGUGUGUGUCAGAUGUGGAAUUAAUGCGGAACGGCCAAGUGGGAAUUGAGCAUGGGGGUGUUUGCGAGGGAAGGCAAUAUGUGAUGGAAGGCGAGUUCUGCCAGUAUAGUCUCUUUGUCUACAGAAUUAUCUCAACGGAUUUAGCUUACCAAUUCGCGGAGCGGGAGCUAGAAUGGAAGCGUAAGAACGUAUAUUAUUCGAGAAUUAUAAUUUGAGUGUACCAAAAGACUGUGAAUAUUAUAUUAUAUUAAUUAAUAUAUCAUUUUACUUACUAACAUGUCUUAGUCAAAAUAUUACAAUAAUGCAGCAGAAAAAAUAAAAUAAAAUUAUUUUAGUAGAAUGAUAGCUUUAAAUAAUCUAAUUAGACCCGAAAAAGGAAUAGAUUUCAAAAGUUGAAUAGAAACCCAUCAAAGUUUAUGAUACUGUUUUUAGUUUUUAUUGAAGUUUUUAGUUUUAUUUUAUUUAAAAGGAAAAGAUAAAUGAAUGCAUCGUUUAUCCACCCCCAUGCACUCAAUUAGUUGUUAAUAAAAGAGUCAAUAUCUUCUUCUUCCACUUCGAUUCUUUGUUUUCUAAGUCAACUCUAGAGAUCUCCUGUAGAGGUACCAAAUUGGCAAAUUAUAUAUCACCGGUCAUCUAACUAACCUCCUAUACUUUUAUUUAGCCCAAGCCCGUGAUGUGAUGAUCUAUUUGCCAGUCCCCAUUCAAGAACUGGUAGGGGUGUUCAAAUGGUUACCAUGGUUAUAACCAAAUCAAAUAAGGUUAAAUUUCAUUA